AUGGAUGGCCGGGUAUCAGGUUCGAACUCACAGGCGACGACACUCAGUUCUGGAGUAGCCGAUAUCCCCUGCACGGUUAUUGCGCAAGGUGAUUUGGUACUCAAUUGUGUCAGCGCCGCCCGCAGUCCUUCAGGAAAACGUGUCAUAUCCCGCUUUCGGACAAGCAGCGCUAUUCUGAGAAAAUCCUGCGAUUACUUUCAGGUCUUGUUAGACCCUACAAAAUUUCAGGAAGGGAGAACAUUUCUGGAAUCAAAGAAGAGAUUGGAAGCCCGAUAUGGCUCCGUGGAAUCGGCACUGUAUCAGGCGAAAAUUGACGAACUACCUGAAUUCACAUUGGAAUUACCACCUCUGUCGCCCAAGGUGACUAGACACGCUCUUCUAUGUGACUUUUUUGCGCUUUUAGCUACUGCAGAAGAUGAUGAUCCUGCGUCAGGACAGGCUCUUUAUGAAGAUAUUGCGAAAAGACCUAUAUUCUUUUUAGCGAGUUUGGUAGCGUUGCUGGACCGAUAUGGUGCCCUGCAUUUGUUUAAACGAGCGAUGAGUAUCGAAAAUACGGACGAUGGGCCAUGUGUUAUGCCCGAAAGGCGAAGGCUUCGAGAUCGUUUAAGGACAUUUCGAAGCCAUGAAGAGGAGCGGCUUCGGGAAGUAGUUUUUCUCGCAUAUUCUAUCCAUGAUCAGAAGGCUUUCGCCUUCUUGACUCAUAGACUGGUGGUUGACGGCUCAAGAAUGUGGCGUCGAAUCGUUGACGAAGGGCAGAGCGGUAUACCGAUAUGGUGGCAGCUCCCCGGAGUUAUCGAGCAGGAACUGGAAUUCAGAAACCAGUGCAUUCUAGACACGAUCAGCGACUAUCAGUCCCAUCUUCUCUGCGCUUUUGGUGCUUCGACUACUACUUCCAAACAGAAAACGACCUCCCUACCCUCUACAAAACGGGAAUUGCAGUGUCGUCGUGUAUAUGAGAAUUCUCGAGCCUGCGACUCAUUUCAUCUAGGCGAGAUGAUACACUUCUUUAGCACUCGAGCAAAAACACUAGAACUACAGUCAACUCUAUCAAACCACGAACCAGACUACGAUGCCGGAUAUACCACAGAGAACGAAUUCGACGACUCGAAUAAACCCGGAUCUACACACGCGAGACCAGAUGCGGCAUCCGCCGCCGUCUCAUUAGCGUGCUUGACUGCAUACAAGGAUUCACGAAAAGUCGUGAAGCCGUCGGAAUAUGUCUAUUCCACUAUACCCAAUCUCGUCUGCGAGGGUCAUGGGAUAACAACGCGUUCCGCAACACGGAAAGCGUGUCAGUUCGUGGCAGCUCUGUACAAUCAAUUGCCGGCCCUAAUACAAUGA